GAGAGAGAGUGAUCCGUUCCGCGCCUGCUGCAGCUGCAGCUCUCAGUUGGGUGCUCUUCUUCCUGGCACAGCAUCACGUUUGUUCACCAUAGAGCUGAGCAGACCCGCGUUUCCCUUGAGAGUAUAUGGCCUCUGCACGGACAGAUGUCUGCGGAGCCAUUUCUUCUCUUCUGCACAGCCAUUGUGGCUCCACUCUGAGGGAUAACGCUAACGCUCCUUUGGCUGGUGGGUAACCUAACGCGGAGAAAAAAAGGCUUCAACCAGUGCUGUUGGUGCAGCUGAAGCAGCAAGAGAGGGCCAGGAAGGGAUAGCUGUAGCUAAUGAAGAGUGAGAUGUAGGAGAGGAGGAGGACAGCAGCCAACAUGCUGCGGUGGGAGAGCCAGCUAGGGCAGAAGCAACAGGAAACUUCCUUGCAUGAUCACACCACCUGGAUUGCCUUGUACGUUUGGCUGCCAUGAUGCUUGGGUUACAGGGAAGUGCUUCGUCCUCCAAAGUGUAUCGUUGUGUGGCCUGUUCAGCCACCUUCACUGGAUUGGCCUCCUUACUAGUACAUCAGGCAACCCACGCUAGUGCACUCUCCAAGGUCUCUGCCCCUCCACAGCCUAACAUCAGCCCACAUGAAACACUCUUUGCAAGUAUGGACUCAUCCAGUGAGCACCCCAAUCCACCAACAGUCUUGAUGGAGAGCUCUUCACCUUCUUUUUAUAUUUGUGACUGUGGAGAGGAAUUUCAGGACUUUAAUCUUAUGCUGGAACAUAAGCGUUCACAUGUCUCUCAACUACAGCUACUGCAACCUCUGGAAAACAGUAGUGUUCUUUCUGGAACAGGGUGCAGUGAAGCUUUUCCCACCCAACAUGUAUCAUUUAGUCCAACUGUAACCCAGCCGGGUUUGGUCCUUAGUUGCCCCUCUACCUCAAGGUCCCCGGCUGUCGAAUUACCCACAUUAACAGGCCAUAAAGCAGAUGCCAUAUUAACAAAUCCUCAAGGCCAGUGUAAACCCCCUCAAGAUGACAGUGAGAAACAACUUGAAAACAUGUCGGCCACAGCAGAGCAAAUACCAGAGACUGUAGAGGACUUACAUUUUCAAGCCAAAACAAAUUCGGUUCUUAGCAGCGAAAAUGGUGCGAAUUUUCCCAGAAAUAACUUAAUGAAAUUGGUGGCUUCAGCAUACAUGAAGCGCUUUCCACUUCCUCAGUCUCAGAGUCAGAGCAAUAACACAGUGACCCCUAAACAAGAAGUGUUGCCCGUUGACAUAACACCAAGACCAAAAACUGAGGCGUCACCGAUCAAUGAUCUCUCUAUUGCACAGUUGAGGCGGCUGCUUGCAGCACCUGGCAUAAAGACAAAAGCUCCAUCUAUCAGCAGAGUUCUUGAGUCCAGUAAGAAGAGGGUUGUCUCUCUGACUAAGACGUUCUCUCCUGUUGUGGUUCUUGAAACCCGUCAAAAGCUCAAGGAUCCUGGCAGUAAUGGCUCGUAUGGGAGAUAUCAAUGUGGCCGCUGUCGUAGGGUCUUUCAAAACUUGGACAAACUGACGGAGCAUCAUUUCUUGCACAAAAAAGAGAGGAUUAAAUGUUGCCGACGCUGCAAACAGCUGAUCAUUGGGCGGCUGCCUUUACCUGACAAUCACGUAUGCCCUCAGUUAGGAAACAAGGCCGUACAGCUUCCAAGAUCUUUAAAAAACAAGUUACCGUUUGCCCAAAAAAUAGUGCCAUUCCAUAGUCUAAGCAAUACAAGAAAAGUUUUCUUUUGUCCAUUGUGCAAGCACAGCUAUGCGCGGAGGUGGAACCUCAAAAUGCACAAGUGCCAUGGCCCAGGCUCAGCCCUCUUUCGGCAGGCCAAUCCAUCCAUUCAGAAAAUGCUAAUGUCAAGAUCAACCAAUAAAGCCAAAACGGAUGCAGAGGUUAAAGCUGAAUCUCACAUCACCAAGAAUGUUGCCGUGGGCACUGAAGUUACUGGUCGUAUCAAGGUAGAGGUGACCUCUCCAAAUUCAGAGCAGUCUGCAAUUUCACAGUUGGCGUGGACUAAUACAGCAAAAAGCUUCUCACCAUUCUACCCCGAAUCUUCCAUGAUAGAGCAGCACAAGGACGCCUCUGUGUGUGGGGCUUUGCUCCAGCAAGGAGAAAACAUCAGUAGCUGGGAUGCAGCAGCAGUUGACAAUGAAGACAGUAAUGAAGGGCAGUGGACAAUGCCCUUGGAUGAUGAAAUGGAGGUGCUCAACUGUCCAGAGAAAGCUGGUAAUGAUAGAGAGGUGAAGAAAUCUGUGUCAGGUGAACAUGCAGAGGCGGCGCCCCAUACCCUGCGCUAUUUUGUCAGAGAUGGUGUAAAACGUUACCCUUGUAACAGGUGUCAGAAAACCUAUAGUCGGCCAUCAACUUUGAGGCGUCAUUUACGGCUGUGUGGGUUUAGGCCACGUGGACCUCUGACUGUAGCACAGAGUGGGGGUCAGGGUGCCACACCCGUAAAUGCCAACAAUAUGAAACCACUGUUUCCUUGCUUUGUCUGCGGGAAGACCUUUAACCGCAAAGAUAACAUGAUGGUUCACAGACAGAAGUGUCAGUUGCAACGUACAAUGACGAAUGUGGAUAGGGGGGCUGUGCAGCAGAAUGUGUCAGGCAACGCAGCGGAAUGUCAAACCCAGGAGGAGGAUGGAGGAAACUGGGGCAUCAUGUCACUGCCCUCCGUACUUCCAAGGAGGGUGACAUGUGAGUGUGGGGUCGGAUUCACAUCUCCAAGGCUUCUCCUGGAGCAUCUGCAGAAGCAUGCACAGGAAUCAUACACAUGUCCGACAUGUGGAGAGACCGUCAAUUCCUGGGCAGACUACGAAGUUCAUCUGCAGAUCCAUAUGCAUCCUCAUCACCAGCUGCUGAAGGGACUACAACCGCAACGAUCGCAGCCUCUGUUACUUCGAUUUCAGCAGCAGCCGUCUCAGCCAGUGCAUCAGCCUCCGCAGAAGCAGCUAGGCCCAGAGCAAUUUCCAAAUCCAGCAAAAAAGAAGCAACGGAUUGUAUGCACACGAUGUGGCAACACUUUUGCCACUCGCUGUUCCCUUCGAAGGCACAUAUCCUGCAAUCGAUGCAAAGGUGGACGGUCUACAAACCCACCGACAAACCCACCCAAAACCUAUCACUGUUCCCAUUGUAACUCCGACUUCCCCAACACCAUCAGUCUUCUUUUUCACCAGAGGAGUGGAGCUUGCAAGCCUGCCAUCAAGCCUGUGCGUUGCCCUGUUUGUCUUCGCUGGUUUGGCACGGUGGACGGUUUGCAGAAACACCUACUCACUCACAAGCAGUCUGAAUCAUUUCGCUGUGAUGUCUGUCAAGGCACAUACCCAAACCUUAAAUCACUCAAAAACCACCGCAGGAGGAUUCAUCGCAUAAUGGCUGGAGACACUAAGCCAAAAACACAAGAACAGCUAACUUCUUAGCUAACUUCUUAAUGAGACUUUCUGAAAAAUGUCUAACAUGGUGCAUUUAAAAACAGAGCAAAUUUUAUUAUAGUUUUUAGCUUUACAUAUUUGCCAGUUGUAAUUUACUUUUGUUGUUGUUUGUUUUUUUACUGUCCAGGUGUUAUUUUAACAUUGUACAGCCACACAUGGUGUUUUUUUAUUUUGUAAAGCAACUCUGAGAGUGUGUUAUAGUAGCUCAACACUGUUAAAGACAAAAAAAAGCUUUGAUAUACUGUACACGAAUCCCUUUAUUACAUAGCCUCAUUAGCCUGUAAAUGUUUUAGUAUUUGGUAAUCAAACUUUUAUCACAGAAGUUGUGAUGUAGCUUGUUGUUUCUGGUGAUAAUAAACAUACCAGUAUGUGAAAUA